AUGCCUUACACGCCGCCUUCGCACCGAUCGCCCGCCUCCUCAGCCCCUACCUCGCCCGAUGCGAGCCGCCGCUCCUCCUUCCAGACGGCCGAGCGCCCGUCGCUCCCCCGGUCGGCCUCGUACCUCAGCAAGCACCGCCGCACGCCGUCGGUGACGCCCGUCGACGAGGCGGCCGUCACGCACGCCCACGUCGCCCUCGGCCGCAGCGUGAGGCAGUCACCGCCGCUGCCCCUGGACAACGGGCAGCUCAUCCCCAAGGGCGCCAUCGUCUCGCCGCCCGAGUCGGCCACGUCCGGCAGCGAUGACGAGGCGCCACCCGCCGUCGAGGGCCCCGAGGCCGUCAAGGUCAAGGACCUGCGCGCCGUCGUGACGCUGAUGCCCCUGCCGCUCACGGACGAGUCCGUCGACGGCUUGCGGAGCCCGUCAGCCGUGCGGCCUCCGGGCCUCCGCCCGCGCUUCGCCCCCGAUUCCUUGCCCCUCAUCUCGUCGAGGCGGCGGAAGCAGGGCCACGUCCGGUCGGCCACCGACUCGGCCAUCACGGCGCCCAAGUCGGCCGGCAACUCGGUCUCGUGCUCCGACGACGACAUGGACGACGACCUCAAGUACGAGCCCCAGAUGGUGCGCAAGAAGUCGGGCGAGCUCGUCCGCCCCGCCCUCCGCGCCUCGCGUCGACGGCCCGCGAGCAUGCCCGGCACCCCCGUCUUCUCCAAGGCCGUCCACUUCGACUCCCACCUCGAGCACGUCCGCCACUUCCUCCAGGUCGACCGGCCCCUCGCCGUCAGCGCCGGCUCGUCGCCCGUCGAGAGCCACGACAGCGACGGCGAGUACCCCUUCCCCGCCGACGGCAAGCUCGAGGUCCGCUCGCCGCCCUUUGAGUGGGAGCUCGUGACGUCCAACUUCCCCCACGACGCGCGCGCCCGCGAGGGCAUGCCCGUCCGCCUCGAGCGCGUCUGGCUCUCGCCCGACCAGAAGCAGCUGCUCGGCUCCGUCGCCGUCGCCAACCUCGCCUUCCAGAAGCACGUCGCCUGCCGCUUCACGCUCGACUACUGGAAGACCGUCUCCGAGGUGGCGGCCGAGUUCAGCCACGACAUACGUGCCCGCGCCGCCGACUCGUCGAGCGACCGCUUCACCUUUGCCAUCAAGCUCUCCGACAUGGCCAACCUCGAGUCCAAGACGCUCUUCUUCUGCGUCCGGUACUGCGUCGGCGGCCGCGAGUUUUGGGACAACAACGGAUCCAUCAACUUCCAGGUCGACUUCAGGAAGAAGCACCUGCCCCAGAAUGGCCGGAACCACUUCCAGGGCGCCGCCUCGCAACCGCCCCUCAGCCUGCCCCGGAGCAGCCGCAGGCCGUCGCCCGGCCGGAGCGCCUUGCGUCCGACGUCGGUGCCGGCCUCGCUCGACGCGCUCUGCGGCGAGCCCGACAAGCUGGGCCUCGAGGGGCCCAUGCUGCGCCUCAAGACCAAGUCGUCGAGGAACCUCGCGAGCGACUUGGUCUCGCAGACGCUCAAGCUGCCGAGCGGCGUCGCCUUCUCGAACCGCUACGACUUUGGCGCCUCGCUGAGCGCCGCCAUGCAGGUGGCCAAGGACUCGAUGGCCAAGGACAAGGACGCCCUCUACAUGAAGAGGAACGUGCGCGGCCUCGGCACCCGCCCGGCCGACUCGCCCGCCUCGCCCGCCCACUCGUCCUCGACCGACUCCUGCUCACCCUCGAGCCUGGGGCUCCCGAGCGCCUCGUACGAGGAGCUCGUCGACAAGUAUUGCUUUUUUGGAUCGAAGCAAUCGAGCCCCACGGUCAAGGAGGCGUCGUUGAACGGCGUCGCCGGCGACAAGGCCAAGGCCGCCGCCGCCGCCGAGGACGACGAGGAGAAGCUGUCGAGCGAGACGCGCACCACGGCGGUCCAUCAUUCGAUCCGCAUCCACGAGCCCAGCGGCUACACGUUGGCGGCCUCGCCGGCGUCGACGGCGCAGAGCACCCCCGGCAACGAGCGGGACCAACUGACGAUCCCGAGGCGCCCUCGAUCGACGUCGCCCGCGCUCGCGUCGGGCACCGAAGCCCCCUCGAGCCGCCCGAGGUCGACGCCGCCCGCCCUGGCGUCUGGUGCCGGGUCGGCUCCGGGCGAGGUGCCGUUCCUCGGUCCCAUGUCGGACAGGUUCCCCUGGACAGCAGACUCGCAGCCUGCCACGGCGAUUCGAGGGUAG